AAACCAAGUCGUAUCGCUAGAGGUCACAUCGUCUAUUGCUCCAGGAUUCAUCCAGUGUGCAUAUAUAAUCAAUCAAACAGCCUCUUGAUCUGGAUUCAAUUCAAACUAUAUUAUUUCAACAAUGGUUAGGCCACUAAAAUCUGCAAAGACGGACACCAAGACUGAUGCAGCGUCUUUAUCGAAACGAAACCGACCCACAUCACCCAUCAAACACCAUGUAUCUAGUGCUAGUCCAGCAUUGGCAAGUGUAAGAGUUUCCAAGGGAAAGCCCACUAGAAGCGCUUCGAUGCUGACCGAGUCGUUGUUGAAAAGUGCAAGUACCAAUGACGCUGGUGGUCGCUUAGUCCGCCAACAGAGCAUGCCAGCGCCCUUACUUGCUUUACCCAACACCGAAGUCGGUGAUGUUUUUGUUGUUGGUAGUGGAGAUUGUGGCCAGCUUGGGCUGGGCGAUGAUCCAGACAAUAUGAGCAGAGAGAAGCCUGCCAUGCUACGCUACUUUAACGGUAAAAAUAUCAUUGGCGUGUUUGCAGGCGGACUUCACAAUAUGGCUUUAACGAUCGAUGGGAAGCUGUACUCGUGGGGCUGUAAUGACCAAAAGGCUCUUGGACGAAACGGAGAAGAAACUGAACCGGGCUUGGUGCAAGGACUUGACAAAGAGUUUAUUGUAUCCGUUACCUGUGGUGAUUCUGUUACUGCUGCAUUGACACGUGAAGGAAGGGUGUAUGCCUGGGGUACAUUUCGAGACAACACAGGCAUAUUUGGGUUUGCACCUGGCAUCAAAGAACAAGCUCUGCCGUAUCUUAUGCCAGAUUUGAAAGGCAUUGUGCAGAUCAAUGCUGGAACAAAUCACUUGGUUGCUGUUGCACGCGAUGGCAAGAUAUAUACAUGGGGUGUAGGUGAGCAAGGACAGCUUGGUCGAAAAGUGAUUGCGCGACAUGUUGUAGAUGCAUCGCUUACACCGCGUCCAAUCAAUUUCCGUGGUGGACAUUAUCUAUCGAGCCGAUUUGCUCGUGCCUACUGUGGUGGGUACAAUACAUUUCUUGUGCAUGAAAAGAAUGUGUUGUUUUCGUUUGGGCUCAACAAUCAUGGCCAGCUGGGACUUGGAGAUACAGAGAGUCACGACCACCCAGAAGCCAUUAAAGAAAUCGAUCCUGAUCAUGGCAUUGCAGACGUAGCUGGCGGUGAGCACCAUUCCUUGGUUUUAGAUGGAAAGGGAAAUAUAUAUACAUUUGGCCGAGCAGACGACGGCCAACUGGGAUUUCCGGACAAGAAACGCCUGGAUGUACCCAAACACUUGGCAUGCCUUGAAAAUGCAGUGAGUGUUUCAGCAGGCGGAGCCUUUUCGCUUGCACUGAUACGCAAUGCAUCAGGCACUAAUGAUCUUUAUGGAUGGGGAUAUGGCGAGAUGGGACAGUUGUCAAACGGCAGCGUGGAUUGUUGCGAGCCAGAACAGUUUAAUCUCAAGGGACGGCAUGUUAUUCAAGCAGCAGCAGGUGGACAGCAUACAUUGAUGCUGUUGCGUCCUAAACCAGAAUAACCCGAUGAUUUCCGAUGAUUUCCGAUAGUAGCAUAUAUUACAGCCGUAUUCACGUAAAAUGAACCACUUUUCUGUAUUU